AAUAAUACAAAAUUAAUUGUAAAAAUAAGCAUUUAACAUAUAAAAAGACAGUACACUAAGUUUUCACAACAAAACUUCGCCACAUUUACCAUCGAAACAAUUACCCUAGAAACGAGUGGUUGUGGUUGUACAUGCCAAACAAACAAAAUAAAUUUUACUUUUAAAAUAGCUCUCACAAAGGAGUUGAUGACGAAUAAAUUGUAUAGUUCAAUUUUAAAAUUUAUACACAUACAUAUAUAAUAAAAUUAAUAUGGCGCAGGGAGAUAUGGAUGAGGACUUUCUUAACUUUGAAUCCAAAGUAAAUCAGGUAAUGAAACUAUUGGAGGAUAUGGCGGCCGCAAACAAAACGGAUGCAGAAAGUGCUGCUAAAAAGCCAGAAACAAAGUCCGAAAUUAAUCAGGAUAAUUUCAUUGUCAAUGUUCGUCAAGACCGCACAGUUCUCAAUCGCAAAGCGGGUCAAAAAGACCCAACAGACACUGGAGGUCCACAACAAAUGGACAAGUACACAUUUAUGCAGCAGAUGGAACAGGAUUCCGCCGAAAGAACCAAGAUUCGACAAGAACGUGAGCGUAUUGCUCAAAACUUUCGUAGCAUGGGCAACGAUGCUUAUCGUAAGCAGAACUAUGAAAAGGCAAUACAAAUGUAUACAAAAGCAAUUGAACACGUAAAAGACAGUCCUAUAUUAUACAACAACCGAGCGCUAUGUUAUCUUAAGUUGAGAAACUCUAAACGGGCCAUUAUUGAUGCUGAUUACGUAAUUAAUAAAUUGGACGAGAAGAAUUUGCGAUCGUGGUUGUACAGAGCAGCUGCUUAUCUGAGAUUGGGUGAUGAAAAAAACUACGAGAACAGCAUUAAAUUCGCAAAGAAAAAUAAUACUAAAGAAAUCAGUUAUAUAACUGCAUUUCAAGAAAAACUCAGAACUGAUUUCUAAAUUUAUUAUAUUUUAUUAUUUUCAACUUUUCACCCAAAUAUAUGUAUUUACUUAUGUUUAA